CGUGGCCGUGGCUCCUCCCACAGGCUAGUCAGUCCACUACUGCUAACUGAACUGCGGAACCACUGCUCGGACGCGAUUCCGUUGCACGCUUUUGGCUUUUCCUUUACAUUUCUUUUUUAUUUUCAUUUCAACAGAAUAGCAAUGAAGUGCAGUGUUAACACUAAGGCCUUUUUAGCAGACUAUCAACGGCAGCCGAAAUAGCUAAGAAGUCGCAAGUUGGCAGUCAAAGUUGAUGUUAGCUAGUUGCGUAGUUUGACAGCUAACUAAGUAAGCUAGGCUCGUUGGUAUUCGACGUCAGAUUCAAAACAAAGCCCGCAAAACCAAGAGACGCACCGCUGUCAACUCCAGAUUAGUCCGUUAACCUUCAAGCUAGCCUCGUAAAACGACAUUUGGGUUAUUCUAUCGGUAAUUUGGACCUCAAGUUGAUGUCGAAUGAAAAUAAUUUAGCCGUCGAAUUUAGCUGAAGUUGAAGAAGCCGUGGUCAGCGAACCCAGCUGCUGGAGCCUUUAGCUUGAUCAUAACGUCAAGUCGGAUAAAGUCAUUCUCGAAUUUGUUUGAUAGUUUUGGAAUUCAAUGUCUGAAAAGAGUUCAUCGUCAGGUUCGGAUGAGGAUAUCGACCCGGAAUCCGGACAGCCCUUGGAGUUCGGAGGCGUGUUAAGCAAAUGGACAAACUACAUCCAUGGAUGGCAGGACCGCUGGGUUGUGUUGAAAAACAAUACUUUGAGUUACUACAAGUCGGAGGAUGAGCGAGAGUAUGGCUGCAGGGGCUCCCUGUGCCUGAGCAAGGCUGUCAUCACACCUCACGAGUUUGACGAGUGUCGUUUUGACAUCAGCGUGAAUGACAGCGUCUGGUACCUCAGAGCAGAGGAUCCCGAACACAGACAACGCUGGAUCGAGUCCAUAGAGCUGCACAGGGCCGAGUCUGGAUAUGGUUCAGAAUCAAGCCUGAGGCGUCAUGGUUCCAUGUUGUCCCUCACCUCAGCAGCGAGUGCCUUGUCCUCCACAUCCACAUCCUCUUUCAAGAAGGGGUACAGGUUGCGUGAGAAGCUGGCAGAAAUGGAAACCUUCCGGGACAUUCUGUGCAGACAGGUGGACACCCUUCAGAAGUAUUUUGACUCCUGUGCUGAUGUGGUUUCCAAAGAUGAAUUUCAGAGAGACGGAGAAGAGGAUGAAGAUGAAUUUCUCACCCCUACAAGACCCGACGGAGAAAACAACAAUGGCAGCAAAGAGAAAUGUGAGUCCACCGUGUUUUCCUCUGCUAAUCCCAAAGGCAUCAAUGGGAUUGACUUUAAGGGGGAAGCCAUCACCUUCAAGGCCACCACAGCAGGCAUCCUCUCCACUUUGUCCCACUGCAUUGAGCUGAUGGUCAAACGUGAAGACAGCUGGCAGAAGAGGCUGGACAGGGAGCUGGAGAAACGGAGGAGGGUGGAGGAUGCCUACAAGUCCGCUAUGAAUGAACUAAAGAAGAAGUCACACUAUGGAGGCCCAGACUACGAGGAGGGACCUAACAGUUUAAUUAACGAAGAUGAAUUUUAUGAUGCUGUAGAAGCCGAACUAGAUCGACAGGACAAGAUAGAGGAACAAUGCCACUCUGAAAAGGUCAGGAAACCUUACUUAAGUCCAGUUCCACCUGGUGAUGCCUUUUCCGUCAUUGGUACACAUAGAUUUGCCAACAAGCCCCAUAGCUAUUGUUCUUCCCUGUCCUCCGUUGAGUUAGUCAGCGCGUCGGAUGAAAUUCACAGAUUCAGCGUUCAGGUGGAGGAGAUGGUGCAGAAUCAUAUGACUUACUCUCUUCAGGACGUGGGUGGUGAUGCCAACUGGCAGCUGGUAAUAGAAGAAGGGGAUAUGAAGGUUUACAGAAGGGAAGUGGAAGAAAACGGGAUCGUUCUGGACCCCCUCAAAGCUACUCAUGCUGUCAAAGGGGUGACGGGCCACGAGGUCUGUCACUACUUCUGGGACACAGAUUUCCGAAUGGACUGGGAAUCCACCAUCGAGAACUUCAACGUUGUGGAAACACUCUCCGAUAAUGCCAUCAUUGUUUACCAGACACACAAGAGAGUAUGGCCGGCCUCUCAGAGGGACGUCCUCUACCUGUCGGCCAUCAGGAAGGUUCACGCGACAAAUGAAAACGAUCCCGACACGUGGCUGGUCUGCAACUUCUCUGUGGAACACGACAAGGCUCUUCCCACAAACCGCUGUGUUCGUGCCAAAAUCAACGUCGCCAUGAUCUGCCAAACACUGGUCAGCCCACCAGAGGGCGAUAGAGAGAUCAGCAGGGACAACAUCCUCUGUAAAAUCACUUAUGUUGCCAAUGUAAACCCUGGAGGCUGGGCUCCGGCCUCCGUCCUCAGAGCCGUGGCCAAGAGAGAGUACCCCAAGUUUCUCAAACGCUUCACCACCUACGUUCAGGAGAAAACCGCCGGGAAGCCCAUCCUUUUCUGAACACCGUCAGCUCUUUUUUGUUUCAGGCUUUUCCACUGCUGGGAUGAUCCAGAAGAGGCUCUGGAGGACUAUCACUCACCUCUGGUGUAGAAAUAUGCUCUCUUACAUGUAGACCUCCAUGCUCCAGAGCUGCAGAACCACGAGACUGUAGCUUUAUUGCAUUAGUAGUUGGAAUGGCCCGACGCCAUCAGAAGCCAAGAAAAUCCCUUUUCAUGUCAUUUCAAAAGUUCCCAAAGCGGUUUUUAAAAAUCAUUAGCUUUUUUCCCAUUUGUACAUUUCUGAUAUUCGUAAGAUUCUUGAUGUUUCAGAGGUUUGCUUUAAUCACUAGUAUUACAGCUACUUGUUUUGCUGCUGCUAAACCACCACAAUGGAGAACAGUAGAUCUUUCCAGCAACAACCCUAACGAGAUGUGGAACUUCCUCGUCUCCGUCUCCUCUUGUGUUUACGCUUCCCUCUUAGACGGAAGUCAGAGCUUUGGAAUUCCUUCUCGUGCUGAUGUAGCUUUCAGAGAGCACCACGGACACCAUGUAUUGUACAGAGAAAAUUGACUCCACUGUUGUGAGAAAUGUGAAAUGACUGUUGAACUUGAUGACAGCACUGGGCUGGAGGAAACGAGGAGAACCAGCAGGUUAACCCUUUUCUACACUGAUGUUAACCUGCAGCUGUCUGUCUUUAUCGAUUAGACUGAUAUUUGUAACUGAUCAGCCAUAGUGUCUGGAAUGAAGAUCCUUCUGAGAGAUGAGUAGAUACACUAGACAACCACAAUUUUUGAUUUGUUUUUUUUUUCUCUUUUUCAGCCCACAUGUGGCAAAAAACAAUUUUUUUGUCUUGUUUUUGUAAGUAAAGAAUGUAAUCGUCAUAGAAUUUACAUUUCACUCGCAGCACUACAAUGCAGUGGCCUCCUGCCGUUCGGCUGAUUAAAAACCCCCAGAAUGCCUUAGACGCCAGGAUGCACCUUUUUAAAAGUCCUGGUUUUCUCUACCAGAUGUGCAUUUAUCAGCACUGAACUGAAGCCAGAGGGGGGCGGGGCUUAAGUCGACAUUUCACAUCAUCUGAGACUGUAUUUAGUACCAUCAGAACCAAAUUCUGCUUCACACUUUCAGUCCAAGAGGUCAUUGGUUUGCAUUUUGUGUUUUUUGUUUUUGUCAGCUAAAGAAUGCAGUUUGUGUUUUUAAAUCGUAUUUUGUCAGUGAACCUCAUGUUUUGUAUAUUUCUAAGCUGUAUAAGUUGUACAUCAAGAAGUGUUAUUAUUUGCACUAAAUUUAAUGCAAUUUGACAAUGUUCUGUAAAUUAAAAUUGUUACACAACAGAA